ACCGCCCACAUCUGCCUCCAUAAAACGCAACUCUCUUUCUCUCUCUAGAAAACGGAAAAAAGAAAAAUCCAAAACGGAUCCAAACGACGAAACUGACCCAAAAUAAUUAAAGAAAAGCCCCAAUUCUUUUUUACCCCAAACCAAAGAGGAACCCUAACCCUAGCCGCACACACUCACAACACACACGUAUAAUCUUUUAUUCUCUCUCUGCUUUCCCUUCUUUAUUCACUCCGUGUCAAUCUGUAGAACACAAAUUGAAUCGAAUUGGGUUUUUUUUGGAUUGAUGGUAUUUUAGGGUUUGGUUUUUUUUGAUAAAAUGGGAUGCUGCAAGGUUGGUGGUGGUGUAAUUGGGUGGUGGAUGCGAUGACCGGCGGAGGCAGAUGCCAGAAGCGGAGGAAAUCCAUGGCCGGUGGUAGGGGCACCGCCGUCGCGAAGAAAAUUGAUACUAAUUGCAAGAGCCCUAAUAUAAAGCCCGAAAUUACAGAAAAGCCCUUGGGUUCCCUAGAAAUUACAAAAAUACCCCAUAAUUUCAAUUUUGAGCUUGAUUUAUUCACUCAAGCUCGUAAAGCACUUUCCUUCCGUUCCCCUUUUGAUUCUGAGGACUCCCAGGUACCUCCCGCCUUUGUCUCCAGUGCAAAUACUCUGCCUAGUAGUGUGUCACAUCUGUUGGGUAGGCAGGCUGAUAGUCGGAAACGGCACAAGAAGUUGCAUUCGGGCUCGGAUAAGAAGUCAUCUACUCCUGGUAGGCCACGUGUGAGCAACAUUUGGGUUGAGGUCGAGGAGUAUUUUCGGGAAUUGACUGUUGAGGACGUCGAUCAGCUUCAUGGGGCUUCAAGUAUUGAGGUUUCCAGUAACGAGAAGUGUUUCUUGAUUCCAUCCUUGAAGAAUGACGACAAUUCCCAUUACCGUUACGACAUAUUUAAUAAGAUUCUUGAAAGUGCUUGUGAGAAGGAUAGCUUGAACUUGGGAAAUAGUGCCCCAUUGAAUAGCAAUGGGGAGCUCGAGUUUAAUGAAAUGGCGGCACAACAAGACGAUGGGCCUCACUCUAUGGAUGUUGAUAGUGUUGAGGUAGAAAGUCGAGAAUUGGAAAUUAAUGAAGAAAAUAAUGGAGAGAAAAUACUAAACACUGAGAAAGACUCUAUAUCUUUUAAUGGUGUAGAGUGGCUUUUAGGAUCUAGGAGUAAGAUUUAUUUGGCUUCCGAACGGCCAUCCAAGAAAAGGAAACUUCUGGGAAGAGAUGCAGGGUUGGAGAAGCUCCUUGUGGCACGUCCAGUUGAAGGCGUCGAGUCUGUUUGUCAUUAUUGUAGUUAUGCUGACACGGGCAAUCCCUUGAAUUUGUUGAUUAAGUGUAGUUCAUGUGGCAUGGUAGUACAUCAAAGAUGUUACGGAGUCCAAGAAGAUGUAGAUGGUUCGUGGAUGUGUUCAUGGUGUAAACGGAAAAAUGUUUCGGAUUUGAUACCCGAGACACCUUGUUUACUUUGUCCGAAGAAAGGGGGUGCUCUGAAGCCUGUAGAGAAAAGGGGGUCUGGGAGUGAGAACGAAGGGUCUGAGGUAGAGUUUGCUCAUUUAUUUUGUUGCCAAUGGAUGCCUGAGGUUUAUAUGGAGAACACCAGGACCAUGGAACCAGUCAUGAAUAUGGAUGACCUAAAGGACACAAGAAGGAAGAUGAUAUGUUAUUUGUGCAAGGUCAAGUGUGGUGCAUGUGUCAGGUGUAGUAACGGAUCUUGUAGAACUUCAUUCCAUCCUAUUUGUGCAAGGGAGGCAAGACACAGAAUGGAGAUAUGGGGAAAACUUGGAUCUGAUGAGGUUGAAUUGCGUGCCUUUUGCUCUAAACACUCAGAAGUCCAGUAUGAUAUUGGCAGCCAAGAUGCUGGAGAUGUUUCCUUGACAGUUGACCUGGAUCUUAGCAAGCUCAAUGAAAUUGUGUUAAAUGCAGAGGACUUACUAGACAACAAUGGAAACACGGAGUCACAUCAAGAAAAUGGAGAUGCACUAAUUCCUGCUGCUAAGUAUUCGGUGGAUAAGAAUGACAAUGGAGAUGUCAACCCUAGCUUUGCUCUCAAUUACACUAUGAUACUGAAGAAGUUGAUUGAUCUAGGGAAAGUUAGUGCUGAAGAUGUGGCUUCAGAGAUUGGUGUUCCACCAGAUUCAUUGAACACGAUACUCACUGAUAACCACAUUGUUCCCGAGUUACAAAAUCAGCUUCUUGGUUGGUUUAAAAACCAUGCUCAUAUUGAUCACCCACAAAGGACUUUGAAAGUGAAGAAUAGAUCCCUGGUAACAUCCAAAGAUGUGGCAGAUGUAGCUGAAGGUGAUGGUACUGUUCCAUUAGAAGAUUCUAGUGUUUCUGAUGCUGUUCCAGUGAAAUCUGUUCCACCUCGCAGAAGAACCAAAAGCAGCAUAAGGACUGUGAUAAGCAAUUUAUGCUCCUCUAUGGACAAGACUAAUGACGAGAAGAUCGAGACUGAUGCUGGAGAAGAUUCAAAUGGUCCAUCCAGAGACUCUUUUCCGGAUGAAAAGAUUUUGAUUCAGUGUGAGCAGCACCAAGAUAAUACGGCUAACCAUUCUGUUAGAAUUGAAGACAAGCUGAGAUCUGCAAUGCAGUAUUUCUCUGAAGAUGGUCUAGAUGGGGAGACUAAACAUUCUCAGCAAAUGACUAGGUGUUCACUUGUCUUGACAAAUGGGGGAGUUAACCAUGCUUCAUAUGUACAUCCAUUUGUGUACAGUAAAUUGUUGCAGACCAAAAAUGACUUGAAUGAGAAAACUGCAUCUCAUCACUCUGCUGAUUUUAGAGGUCGGGAAGCUUCCCAGCUAGAAGCAUCUUCUAGUUCAGGGAUCUGCUGUAUUAACCACAAUCAGCAUGCAACUUCUGGCAACGGAGUGAAUCUUGAGCAAUUGGUCGGAGCAAAAAACCUAGGAAUGCUAAAACUGUCUCCUGCAGAUGAAGUGGAAGGAGAACUUAUUUAUUACCAACAAAGAAUACUUCAUAAUGCUGUUGCUAGAAAGCGCAUAAGCGAUGAUUUGAUUUCAAAGGUUGUGAGGAGUCUUCCACAUGAGAUAGAUGCUGCAGGAAAACAAAAAUGGGAUGCUGUAUUAGUUAGUCAGUAUAAUCACGAUCUUAGGGAAGCGAAAAAACAGGGAAGGAAAGAGCGUCGGCAUAAAGAAGCUCAAGCUAUAUUGGCAGCUGCAACUGCUGCCGCUGCAGCUUCCUCUAGGAUAUCAACAAUUAGAAAAGACACCUUAGAAGAAUCUCAACAGCCAGAGGAUCUUCUGAAGGUGGAUGUAUCUGAUGUAAAGCCAGGGCUGAAUCCCAGAGUGAAGGAGACUAUUUCUAGGUCGGUUGUUGCAAGGUCGAGUUCUGUCCGUUCAGCUACAGACGUUGCCAAAGGUCAACCUAGGACCUGUGACAUAUGCAGACGCUCUGAGUCAGUUUUGAAUCCAAUUUUAAUAUGUUCGAGUUGCAAGGUUGCAGUUCACUUGGAUUGCUAUCGUAGUGUCAAAAGCACCACAGGCCCAUGGCAUUGUGAAUUAUGUGAAGAUUUAUUUGCUUCUCGAGAUUCUGGAGCUUUGGCAACAAAUCCUUUGGAAAAGCCUUACUUUGUUGCAGAGUGUGGUUUAUGUGGUGGCACUGCAGGAGCUUUUAGGAAGUCAUCAGAUGGUCAAUGGAUACAUGCCUUGUGUGCUGAAUGGGUGUUGGAAUCAUCAUAUAGAAGGGGGCAAGUGGAUCCUAUUGAUGGAAUGAAUAGCGUCCGCAAGGGAGUCGAUGCUUGCGCUGUGUGCCGUCGCAAACAGGGUGCCUGCCUUAAGUGUAGUUAUGGUCACUGUCAGACCACAUUUCAUCCUAUUUGUGCUAGAAGUGCUGGUUUUUUCAUGACUGUGAGGACAAAUGGUGGCAAAUUGCAGCACAAGGCCUACUGUGAAAAGCAUAGCACAGAACAACGAGCCAAGGCUGACACACAGAAGCAUGGGAUUGAAGAGUUUAAGAGUCUCAAGCAAGUCAGGGUUGAAUUGGAGAGAUUGCGUCUUCUAUGUGAAAGAAUUAUCAAAAGGGAGAAAUUGAAACGUGAAUUGGUUCUAUGCUCACAUGAUAUUCUUGCUUCAAGUAGAGACUCUGUUCUGUCUGCUUUGGCUCGUCACCCAUUUUACCAACCUGAAGUUAGUUCCGAAUCAGCUACAACCUCCAUUAAAGGUUACACAGAUGACUAUAAAUCCGGCGAAACUGUGCAAAAAUCAGAUGGUAUAACAGUCGACAGCACAGUUUCAGGUAAAAGGCGUGUUAAACUUCCAAUAUCUCUGGACAAUGACCAAAAAACCGAUGACAGUUCAACAUCUCAAAACCUUUAUACACUAAAACCAACGGAUAGGGUUUCGUUUUCCGGAAAGCAAAUUCCCCACAGACCUGUUGCAUCUCAAAAUCUUCCGGAAGAUAUUGAACAACGAUCAAGAUAUAGAAAACAAACGGAAACAUUUGAAAAAGAGCUUAUUAUGACAUCCGACCAAGCGACUAUGAAGAAUCAGCGUUUACCGAAGGGAUUCGUUUAUGUUCCCAUUCGAAGCCUAUCGAAAGAUAAGGAGGCUGUUAUUCCAGAACGAAAUGGAUAAAAAAAAUUGAAUUCUUGAUUCGGGAUUCGAAUAUUAUCUGCUUGGGCACAUUCAGACAAGUACAAUGAUUCGGCCUACUAAACGCUGAAAAAAUGGACUCGCGUUGUUGUAUAUGCACAUGUGUCAAGCGGGGUGAGUUUUUUUUGGUUUGUCGUUGUAUGUAUCUCGAGCGGCUUAUAGUUUGUUUAGCCAUGUUUGCCUUUUGUUAUUUUUUUUUUCGAUUUAAUUUUUGUCACUUGUUGAUUAAAUUUUAAUCCCCUUAGUUAGAAAAAAGAAAAGCAGUGUAGCUAAUGUAAUAAUUGUAUUUAGUAGUCUGCUUAUGGGCUUUGUAAAGUUUGUGUAUAUAGUGACUCAAAUGAAUAGUUAAAUCAACUAGCCCCCCACAGCAGAUUGGUAAAAGGCUAACUAAUUUCUUAGUGCUGAA